AUGGUGAAGCAACCAUUCUCUUUAAAGUUCCCUCCUCUACUCUCUUUAUCGUCAUACCCUUCUGUUCAGUCACAGAAUCUUGACGUCCGUAGUGGAUCUCUUCAUGCUAUCAGCGAUGUGCACAAAAUAGUUUGUUCUAGUUCUUGGAGAUUAUUGUGUAGCAAGAGUAGUAAUAUUACAGAACCAAAGGAGGGCCAUGAGGUGAGGGCUCAGGUCACAGUGAGAAGGAAAAAGCUAGCAGUUUUCGUGUCUGGUGGAGGAUCCAACUUCAGAUCAAUUCAUGAUGCCUCCAAAAGGGGAUCACUUCAUGGAGAUGUUACUGUAUUGGUCACAAAUAAAAGUGAGUGUGGAGGUGCAGAGUAUGCAAGAAAUAAUGGUAUCCCCGUUAUAUUGUUCCCUAAAGCUAAAGAUGAACCCAAAGGAUUAUCUCCAAGUGACCUUGUCGAUACACUAAGGAAAUUCGAGGUAGAUUUUGUUCUUUUAGCUGGAUACCUCAAACUGAUACCAGUGGAAUUGAUCCGAGCUUAUGAAAGAUCUAUUUUCAACAUUCAUCCAUCACUUCUUCCAGCUUUUGGAGGCAAGGGCUACUAUGGCAUGAAGGUGCAUAAAGCAGUAAUUGCUUCUGGAGCAAGGUUUUCAGGUCCUACCAUUCAUUUUGUUGACGAACACUAUGACACAGGGCGUAUCCUUGCACAGCGAGUGGUCCCUGUGCUUGCCCAUGAUACUGCAGAGGAGUUGGCUGCAAGGGUUCUCAAUGAGGAGCACCAAUUAUAUGUUGAGGUGGUGGAGGCUUUAUGUGAAGAUCGUGUCGUUUGGAGGGAAGAUGGUGUUCCUCUCAUUCAAAGCAGAGAAAAUCCCAAUGACUUUCGCUGA